AUGCGGGCCCAGACUCUCUCAGACAGCCGGGUGGGCAGGGCACCCACGGGGGUCCAGGCAGGGAGCCCCCACCUGCGCCCUGGGGAGGCACGUGGACAGGCAGGGGUUCCAGCGGCCGAGGCCUUCCCCAGGCCCAGAUGCAGGGACUCACCUGGCGCCUCCUGUACACGGGAGAUCAGGCCUCCCCGAGGGUCCUCUGCUGCUGGGAGAGGCAGGUUCCGCUUCCUGGGCGGGUGGGUGGCGGGGCCCUGCGGGGGCGGCAGGGGCCCUGCGCACUUCCUCUGGGGCCUGCUCUGCUGGUGGCGGUGGCCGUGGGGAGCUUCCUCCUCUGUGCUGCGGGCCAGGAGGGCGCUGGGAGGACCAGGCUGCAGGAGCCCACGGGAGCCCGGGCCCCACCACCAGCCUGGCUCCCAGCCCCGGCCUCGCAGGCACCUCCAACGGGGCAUUUCCGACCUGACCUCCUCCCCUCCUGCGCCCAAACCAAGCCACUCCCUCCCCUCUCCCCACCUCCCAGGGGCAGCUUUUGAGGCCAGGACCUGCGGGGGGUGGGGGUCGGCAUCCCACACCCCAGCCACCAGCAGACUGUCCCUCUGCUCCACCUCUGACCCCAGGCCUCCUCCCCUCCCCUGCACCUGCAAGUCCCAGGGUCCUCCAACCCUGCUGGCCACAGCUCUCAUCCUCUCCCCUGACCUCUCUGCCCUCCACCCUUCAGCCCUGCUGACCCCCUCCUGUUCCCUCGGUGCCCUACUUGGCAGCUCUGACUCUUCCCUGCCUGGAAGCCCUGCCCGGCUCUGCACUUGGACCUCGGUGCCCCCUCCUCCAGGAAGCCUCCUGCUCUCUCAGGUGUUGAAGUUUGAACAUCAGAAGAGAAACGCUGGGGCAAGCAAAGACAGCAAGUUUUAUUUAAAGACUAGUGACACAGACUUCUCGGCAGGGAAGGGGACCCAGAGUUGCACAUUUUGCUCCAUCGAAGUACACACAGGCGCGCGGAGUCGGCAGGGAGAGCAGGCGCUUUCCUGCCCGGAGCUACGUAAACUGUGGGCGCUGAGAUCUCAUUGUGGAGAGACCACGUCAGCCCUCCUGGGGCCACCUGUGGUCAGCUGACGCCAUCCAGCCAGCCUCGCGUGUGCAGGGGUCCCAGCGUGGGGCUCCCCUGGCCCUGGGGCAGUCAGAGCUCCCAGCUGGCUACUCAUCCACAGCCCAGAGCCACUUCAUCUGUCCAUCAGUAUGCCGUGCAAACUCUGUCACUCUGCACAUGUUCCAUGAGGUGACAAAGAGUGGGAGGCACUGUUCUGGAUGCCUGGUGGGGACAUGCUAAUCUAGCCACCUGGAAACUCUCUGGGGACCUACUUGUCUGGCAACAGGGCUGAGCCCUCCCCAGUGAAGUUUCAGGAGCCUCACCUUGCAUCUCUGACAACCAGCAAAGGUGUGGGGCUGGGGUGUGGCCCGGGGCACAGUGGCUGCCUAGCGGGCACAGGGCCUGCGGUUGACCCCAGCACCACCCAAAGGAGAGGCUCAGCGCUUGAUGACAGAGACCCUUCGGAUCUCAAAGGCAGCUCACUUGGGACCCUCCAGCCCUUGCUCAGAGUAACCUGCGGGGCUGCCCAGUGGUCCCAGCUCUGGAGGAAGUGCCCAGAGUCCUCCACCUGGCCCUGGUGACCCCGCUGCAAACAUGAGAGGCAGACCAGGGGCUGAGGGGGGCCUCACAGCCCCUGGUUAUUUCUGUGAGCUGGGGCACAGCUGGGGCCCCGCCACGACCCAGUUCCUGUUUUAAGCCUGCCCCACCCCACCCCACCGCGCUGCACAUCGAAAGGUGGAAGAAAUGGCAACUUUUUAUGUUGUGGGUUUUUCCCAACUAAAACGUCUUGAAGUAAAUAAAUUGCAGAGGUCUUCUCACUCAUCUCCACCUACCUCAGAACCUGAGAACAAGGACCCUCUCCUACACGACACUGAACAUUAGGACACCCAAGAAAUCUACCAUGACAUGUUUUCUUAACAUUUCACUCAUAUACGGAUUUGCCAAGUGCUCAAAAUGCCUUUUAUCACCGCGUGUGUGUGCACACGCAUGUUUGUGCACACAUGUGCACAUGUGUUUAUUACUCAAGGGUCCAAUCAGAGACCACAUGCUGCUGUGAUUUUUGGUGACUCGUGACUUGUAGAGCCCUUGGAUAUAGAACAGUCUUUCAAGACAUUAACACUUUUAAAGCGUCCUGGUCAGCGGGCUGUGGAACCCACCAUCUGUCACUCUUUGGUUCCUCUUAUUGACUAUUCCCCCGCUGGCUCUAAGUCACCCUCUUGUUGUUGUUUCUUGGUCCCUACAUGUCUAGGCGUUUGUAUUGAAGGUUGGACAGCACAGUUUUAUGUGGAGAGCUGGACUGUGCAGCACCUGGGUCACCUUGCUCCCUCUCUGUUCCUAGGGCUCUCAGGCCUGGUCUGCUUCUCAUCUAAUGCCUCAAACCACGGCUUCCUGUCUUUAGUUUUCUGGUUCUUUCUGGAGGAAACGUAACUCCAUAGCCAAAAACUCUUUUCCCAUAAGUACCUGUCCAUCAAAAAGAGGGGUAUAUAGUCCAAGUUCAAACUGAUGACCCGAUCUUAACAAAGUCAUCGAAAUGAGCCUCCUAAAGGACAAAGCAACACGGCAUGUCCCCCAGUGAUGCGCUGAGAACACCUCUGCCCCAAGGUGCAUGAAGCCUCCAACAGCCCAAGGUCCGAUGGUAAUGCACGACCCGUCUCUGCCCUGGGGAUGAAGGACGUGAUGGAGACGGCUGAAUACAGCCCAGGUGGCAGUUAGCUCAUGCCGCCCCAUCUGCUGAUCAGGACACCUGUGCUGUGUCACGUGAGAGUGCUGCUAGGAAACAGACCCAGGCGCAGAGGGAGGUGGUGUGUAACACUCUGAGUAACGUGGGGGAGAUGGCGCACUCGGGUAAACAAGGCAACGUGGGUGGAAAGACACACAUGGUUAUUAUUUCAAGAGAGGGGCACAGAGAUACAAGGAGAAGAGGGUGAAGCCCCGCGUGGAGCGACGUGGAGCGAUGGCAACAUUCACAGGCUCUAGGUACCACCCCUGGUCUCUGCCUCCAGCUCUCCUUUGAUACUGUAUAAAAAUAAGCCACGAGGGCCAGGUGGGGCGGAGCGCGCUGGUGAUCCUGCACCCGGGAUCCCAGCUGCUUGGGAGGCUGAGGCAGGAGGAUCCUAAAUUCAAGGCUAGACUCAGCAACUUAGUGAGACCCUGUCUCCAAAUAAAAAAUUUUUUAAAAGGCUGGGAGUUGUAGCUCAGCCAUAGAGCGCUUGCCUCGUACUUGUGAGGCCCUGGUUCAAUUUCCAGCACCACAUAAAAAUAAGCAAAUGAAAUAAAGGUCCAUCAACAACUAAAAAAUUACUUAAAAAAGUAAAAGGGGCUGGGGAUGUGGCUCAGUGUUGGAGCACCCCUGGGUUCAAUCCCCAGUAUCCCCCCCACCAAACUUUCUAAAAAUUAAAUAAAUUUAAAAAAAAAAACCAUUAAGAGAAAAAAGUCCUUAUUCUCACCCCGUCAUUAGGGAUGCAGGGAUGUGCUCGGCUCACCGUCACACACUGUUCCUCACCACACCACCACUGUCAUGGCGUCACAGCCGCCAGAGCCUGCCCUGGAGCCUGCCCCUGGGUGACCCGGCCUUCCUCCCGGGGGCUUGCCUCCUGUUCCACUAGUCGAUUCGUUUUAAAAAGUUGGUGUGGGGAAGAGAAUCUAGAGCCAGUCCACCAGAUCACCGGAUCAGCAAAGGCCAUGUGGCCUUGAAAGUGACGUGGGCCUUGGAGGCGACCUGGUGCCCUGCUCUGCCCUCAGGCCUCUCACUCGCCCGUCCCAGAGCCAUCGGCUCCACUCCACCCGGCAGGCACCCUGCUUGUCCUCCGCCUCCUGUCUCCAGAGUCUCCAGGCCCUGUCCCCUGCUGCACCCUGGGGCGCCUAGCCUGGGGCUUGGCAUGAAGCAGGCACUUGGUAAAUACCCAGCGCGUGCUGGGGUCCUGAGGGGUGAGGCUCCGGGUCCCCCGCUCUGUGGCCCGGGGAGAGCCUGCCCCCCCAGCAGUGACAACUCAUGGGAUCAAUUAAAACUCCAAGGACGGAGUUUCCACUUAGAGCCGAGCUUCCCCACAAGUCCAGGUCCUGGAAGAGCAGCGAGUGUCCACCCUGCAGCGGCCGAGGUGGGGCCAGCCGUAGUGCUGAGCCUCCUCUCCACUCUGAGGUCUCUGCCUCCUCUCCACUCUGAGGCCUGCUCCCUGGGCUGCAAGGCAAGGAGGGGACCCCUCCUGCAAAGACCCUCCCACAGCGAGAGGACGGCUGGACUGGGGGCUCCUAAGGGCCCUGAGAGCAAAGGUGUCCACCCAGAAGGCGACAGAACGACUUUUAAGAGAAAGGCUCAGCGCAGGUCUGGAGCCGGCCUGGGGCCCUGGGCUCCUCGGCUGGCCUCCUUGGACUCCCUGAGGUGUCCUUCGUCACUGCGGCUCACCUGCAGGGCUCAGUCCAGGGGCAAGGUCUGUCCGCUUGCCCAGGUCUGCACGAACCAGACCCUGAGCAAAAUGCCCUCUGAACAGGGCCAGCAAGCUCUCUGGAGAGCCGCUCACCACUGCUGGCCUCAAAGAACCAGCACGGAGGGGAACGGUUCCGUCCUCCUCCAUAUUAACAGGGAACCCCCCACACACACAGGCAGUGGACACGGGCUGGCUCAGGGCUUCCAAGCCGCAGCACCACGGGCAUCUGGGCAGGAUGGCUCUUUGCUGGCCUCAUCAGAGCAGGCCAGCAGCACACCUUUCCUGAAUUGUGACGACCAGCACUGUCCCCAGACCCUGCUACACAUCCCUGAGGGCAGCACAGGUGGGGACGGCUGGUUUUGAGGGCGGGAGGCUGAACUAUCCCUCAGAGCCCUGCGCUGGAAGGCCCGGGUGAGCUGACCUACCGGCGGCCACCCAGGGACAAACUUGGACUCCACCCUGUGUGCGUCUCGGACCAUCUUCUCACAGCCCCCAUCUGUCAUUUUCUGUUUCUUAAAUAGCACUGCUACCUGGCCGUCCUGCUGCCCACCCAGGGCUGGCCACAGCUGUAGCAGUCCUAGGCUCCUGCGGUGUCCCAGGACUUCUGCCCAGGAGGGUUGGAGGUGGGGCUGGUGUAGAUCACCAAGUUUAGGCCACCGCUGCCGGUUACCUGGGUCCCCUGCCCCAGAGUCAAGGGUGGUCACUCACUAGUUAGCACACGAGGCUUCGUGACUUCCUGUCCCCUCCACAGCAGUGGCCGAUUUAUCCAGCCUGUGCCCAGGGCCAGCAGUGGUCCAGUUCUGGCCAGAGGGCCCAGCAGGCGGGGCUGUGGAGUCACGUGGGCCCAGCACUGGGCAGCCGGGCAGCAACUUCUAAGUGCACGGAAGAGAAAAAUAGCAGCCAAAAGAGCAGGCGGCCGAGCGGCCCUUUAUUGGAAUAAAUAACAGCACGCGAGGCGCCUCGGGCACUUCCCCAGCCACAGCUCCCGCUCGGAGGCGCUGGGCCUUCAUGUCGCAAGCAGCAUGGCUUCCUGCUGUCAGCCAGGCGGGUCUGAUCAAAGCACAGCCAGGGCUUUUUUAUUUAAUAUCCAGAAAUCCAAAGGAAACGUCCUUUGAACAAUUAAAAAGACAAUAACACAGCGGCACACAAAGGAACAGAGGAUUCAGCUAUUCCAAAAUAAAACCGCCCUCCACCACAGCCGCAGGACACGGGGGGGGGGGGGGGGGGGUCAGGCUUGCACAAGGCCACGUGGGAAGGGGCCACAGCUGCAGGUGGCCAGGCCAGGGGCCGGACCAGCCCCCGCCCAGGAGCCUGGGAACCCGGGACUCCUUGUGCAGGGGCUGUCCACGCCUUUGCCCCCACGGGUGGACACAAAUGGCCUUGCCUUCACCUCGCUGCCAUGGGCCAGGCCCCUCUUCAGAGAAAAAUCAUCAUGAGGAUGUGGCCUGGAAGGAGGAAGAACCUUCCAGAACUUCCAGAACUUCCCGGCACAGGGGCCCUCAGAGCCGGCCCUCCCUCUCCCACCCAGGCCGGGCAGGGAUCAAGAACAAGGAGACCUGAAGGGACCCUGCAGGUCGUCUGCACCCACAGCCCCAGGAGAGACCCUGCCUCCUAAACCUCAGCCUUUACCGGUCCUGCUGUGAGCCAGCCGCCUGCCCGGCUCCCGCACAUCCGCGGCCCCUCAAAGUGUCCUUCUUGAAAGGGAAGAGUGGGGAGUGGCCUGACCUGAGGCUAGGCGAGUGUCCAGCAGGGCUUUAGGGGCUGCUUCAGAAGCUGAAGCCUCUCCCGCUGACCACGUCCUCCCCCUGGAUGACGUGGAUCAGGCUGAAGCUGCCCGAGUUGGCUAAGAGGCCACAGGUGCGCUCUCCAGAUCCUCAUCUCCGUCCCCCUCGCCCCCGAAAACCCUGGGGAUGAGCAACGCCCCCCCAGGCCCGCCUGAGAGCAAGGCCGGGCGGGUCCAGGCCACCGGCCCUGGCGGCUAGGACUCUGUGCGAGUCAUGAAGGCAGCGCGGAACGUUCCGGCCCCGGAUAUUUUGUCAAGGAGGUCUUUAAUGUCACUGCAUCCCGCAGGAGACGCCGUAACGCCGUUUUAAUUAUUUCUUUCUCCUGCUGGGAAACCACCUCCAUCAAAAUGCUCUUCUCAACCCAUCCCAGCCUAGCAACUGAGCCAGGGAGGACAUUCAGAGCAUUCUCAGCCUUCAGCCCGACCUUCAAUCAACAUCAACCCUGACCCCCAGCCCCGGUCUGCAGGGGGCGGGGGUCUAAGAGGUGGAGAGGCCUGUCCUCCUGUCGCUAAUGAGCACACAGAGCUUGGAGAGGGGGCUGGCCGGGCAGGGGCCAGGAGGAGACAGCAGGGGAAGGGCCAGGGCAUGCCACAGAGCAGGACGCCCUGCGGCCAGGGCCCGGCCAGAGAACACAGCUGAGGGGACGCCAUUCCUCUCCAAGCCGAGGUGACCAGGGCGAAGAGCUUAACUAGGUGACACAGAGAGGGAGAUGCCACGGGAGCACCGUGAGGACAGAGAUGGACACUGCAUGCCCCCCUCAUGGGCUGUAUCGUGUCCCCUAAAUUCAGCCCCAAAGCCCAGGGCUGUAGUGUGACCACAUCUGGACAUGGGCCUUAAAGAGGUAACAAGGAAAUGAGGUCAUGUGGGCAGGCCCUGCCUCGUGUGACUUGUGUCCUUAACAGAGACGCUGGCAGAGGGGGACCUAUGAAGACCAGGGAGACGCGGCCAAGGACGAGGCCACCUGGCCCCUCGACCUUGGCUUCCAAGCUACGGGACGUGGAUCCUCUGUACUCUGAGCCUCCCGCCCUGCGGGCCUAGCAAAGGAACAGGUCGCCAUCCCCGACGGGCCAUCCCCGAAGGGCCAUCCCAGACGGGCCUCGGGAUCAAGCCGCCUCCAGCCAACUCCUGACCAGCCCUGGGCCGCUGCAGGAAGCCAAGGAACGCCCCCAGCCAAUCCUCCCUCUGCCUGUGGCAGGGCACAGGUCCUGGGAGCUCACGCUAAAGGCCCCUCGUCCAAGGGCAGGGAAAUGCCCGAGCCCCGCACAGCCAGGGUGGACGGAGAGACCAGGCCACCAGUGGGAGCGGCAGCGCGGCCAGCGGAGGUUGGGCCCGAGCUCCUCCGUGUCAUCUUUUGACAACACAGUCAACCCCUCGGCCUGCCCGGAGGGAGGGAGGGAGGGAGACCCGGAGCCCAGCCGUGUCUAGAGGCUGCAUUUUCCGAGGUCUUGGCCACUGGAGGGUUGCAAGGAAAGCAGGUGAAUGGCCACCAAAGCAGGCAGGGAUGGGAGGGGCCACACAGCCGGGGCGGAGCAGGGCGUCUCCCUGAGAAGGGCCUGGGCCUGGGGCAUGGGCCCCGCUUCUCUUGCCCCGACCGUCCCGCGCCGUCUGGGGUCCCUGUCACUCCACGUUCUUGUACUUGGUGAACAGGUUGUACAGCACCCGCAGGGUGGACUUGAGGUCAAGGUUCACCACAUCUGCAGAAGGACACAGAGACACCGUUGGCAGAGGAGAGAAUGUGCCCUGCCUGGGGUCACCACGGGCUCUCAGCCACCAUGGGCACAGCUGAGCGCUUCGGCAUGAGGCUACUGGCCGGCGCAUGCAGGAGACCCCGGCGUGAUCAUCCCCGGACACACAGGCUGCGUGGAGAGCCCCCACCAGGGCCACCACCUUUUGUGGAGACAAGCACACAGGCCUCCUGGGAUCUGUAUCAGGACAUGUUCAAGGAUGGGUGGGCAGGUGGCCAAGGGCACUUCCCGGAUGGAAGGCCAACUCCAAUAACACGCACGGACCCAUGGA